UCUUGAUCAAAGACCAUUUUCUCCCAGGGAAAAUUAUGGGAGAUAUAAGUGACAAUAAAGAGAAUUUGGAUACGAUCAUUGGGACUUGUUGUUCAGUGUUUUUCAGUGCUGUUUGGGUGUAAAAGUACUUUGAGCUGAGUGUUAGUCUACUCAAUAAGAGAACUAGACACAUAAACGAUUUAUUUUACGAGGGAAUAUUCCAUAAACACGAUGAAAGUAUUUCCGUUUCCGUGCUUGUCGCGUAUCUCCUUGCACUGAGGUCGGCGCUUGAAUUUCCUGUCCUGCAGUGUAAUGAGUUCUACAUUUCAUGCUUCAUUCAUUGUUUUCUAUUGAUCAUUGCCAACAAUAUCACGGGGCGCAUGUUUACUCAGCUGCUGUAGAUGUGCUUUUAAAUGAGUCGUAAAUUGUUCUCAUAGCACAUAAGCGUUUAAGAGCCUCGUUAAAUUAAGUUGCUGCUAAAACUCACUAGCCUUUCAUCGUAAAAUGAAGAUCUGGGCGGCGUUGUUCGUUUGCCUUAUGGCGGUGUCUGGGCGAAGGUACUGGCAUAGAUCUAGAAACGCAGACCCGAUGGCUCCAAAAUGGGACGCACUAUCAGUCACUUGGCUCAAAUGGGAGGCGAUGCCGCUGACCGUUACUGACGCUGUCGACAAAGGGUGGAGCUUGCAGGACAAGUGUCGCGACAGCGCAUAUUUUCACGGAAAUCGUUAUGUUCGUGAUGGGAACACGACACUCAUGCUGUUAUUUGAUGAAAACGAUAACAUAGCGGGAAUACAGACUGNGGCCUCCGCCCCCAGGUUCAACCCCUUGCCCUUUUACUUGAGAUGCAAACGCUGUCAAAAUGAUGUUGUCGUUCUUUUCCAGUAUCUGUUUAAGAAUGGUACCGUGCCGCCCUGUUUCUGGACCGCUGACCGGCUGUCUAUGAUGCACGUCUACUUGGACUCCAGUCCUUUCCUGAACAUUUGCUAGAAAAACGAUUCAUGCGUCCAACACAAAAGAAAACAAGGAUAGUAUCACUUAAAAUGGUUUCCAGAAAUCUGUCAAGGACUACUUGUAGACUUACACUGCCGUGUAAUUGACUUCCUUGUCAGUUUUAAGAGUCUUCAAUAGAGAAUUAAGGAGUCUUUUCCUUUCGGAUGGGAAAUAAAGAUGAUUGCGUGAGAUCUUGCUGGUUUCUAGAAAACGCUUAUUUUGUUGCAGUUGUUAAUGUUACUAUGCACAGUUUUUUCCAGUUGACUGGUAUUUGCUUCUUUUAGUGAGAAUUAAUUUGUUCCCAGAAUCAUUGUCAUGUUUCGAAACGGACUAUAAAAAAUGCUUUUUAAUCUAACAAUUAAUCUUAAUCUCGAUUUUACAACUAAUUAGCUCGCCUGUUACCUAAAUUUGUAGCUCUUCAAACCCUUGAUUUGAAAUGUUUAUUAUUGUCACUUCCCCCGGUGCUGAGAAUUUCGCGACGAUCCAGACGCUAUCCCCUACAUGAUGGAUUUCUUUAUUCUCAUUACCCGAUUGCUCGAAAACGCAUUAGUGUUGUAACGAGAAUUUAGCUAUCGAUCGCAAUUAAUUUAUCGGAAGGAUAAAGGUGUUACUCGGGAGUAAACAAAGAAUGUUCUACAGAACA